AUUGACAUACCACAAUUUCUGCCUUAUACACACUUUCCAAAAUCAACAAUAUAUCAUCCGGGCUCUGCUGUACUUUCUUCCUUCGAAAUUUCUGGUGAUUAAAUUAUCAACCAAGAAUCAUGUGGCAGAAGGUAAAAAGGUUGGGCAGGGGAGGUUUCGGUGUUGUGUAUUUAGCUGUGGAAAAUAGUAGUUUCUCGACUACGUCCACGCGUCCGGCAGCCAUGGCGGUGAAGACGGUGGAGCUGAACAAGAGCAAGAGCUUGAAGUGGGAAACACGGGUACUGAAGAAACUCAAAGGCAAUCUGUAUAUCGUGGAGUGUUACGGCGCGGAUAUCAGCCAAGAAGGCGACGCCGGAACCAAGUGCUACAACCUCUUGAUGGAAUACGCCAACGGUGGCACGCUCAAUACCUUGGUGAAUUCGUACAAUGGCAAGUUGCCGGAAUUCGAGUUAGCAAUUUACACCUUCAUGUUGUUGAAAGGGAUCUCUUCCAUCCACGAGAAGGGCUUAAUUCAUUGGGAUCUUAAACCCGACAAUGUGCUCGUUUUCAAUGAUCACGAGGGCUACCGGUUUCUGAAACUCGCUGAUUUCGGAGUGAGCAAGUCUUUGGACGGCGGGGAGAACAUCGAGGGAGUCCGAGGAGCAACGGAUUAUGCGGCUCCGGAGACGUUAAGAAACGGGGUAUAUGGAAAACCAGCGGAUAUAUGGUCACUGGGGCAUACGGUUCUUUACAUGAUGAAUGGCAGGAUGUGGAUCAAUAGAGAACACAAGCGUUUGAGGCUUGAAAUUCCUGAUCACGUUUCUCCAUCUGGGAAGGAUUUCCUGACGACAUGUCUGCAAUUCGAUCCGGAUUCAAGGUGGACGGCUGACGAGCUUCUGGAGCACCCGUUUAUUCAAGAAAACCUCAGAGGAAUGAUCCCGACUCUGGAGUUGAGGCAGAGUGAGUUCACCAAGAGAUCAAGCAAUUACAGUCCAUUAUCUGGUUCGUGGAGCCUCACAAAAGAUCUGUUUGGCCAAAUACCACCAAGAAAGCAAAUGCUGCUGCCUCAUCACUUAUGUCAACUUUCGUCUACAAGGAUUGCUGGUGAUCAAGUGAAUUGAUCGAUUCUUUACCACCCCCUCCCGGAAUAUGUUACACAGUUACAGGAUUGUCAAUCAAUUAUUGGAUGAACAUCAGUGUGUAAUUUUUCCUCUGUACAUAUUAAACGCGCGUAUGCAAGGGUCUUGUUUCGCCAAUGCAAUGUGGUCAAGUUUCUACAAGGAUUCCUGCUCAAGUCCAUUGAUUUAAUUUGCUGAUGUAUUUUAAUUAGACAAGUAAAAUGAAAUUUGCCAUGGUACAAGUACCGAGAAUUUCGGUUUUUGGCUUGAACCAUGAUCAUCAUUAGUUAGCCUGUAAGUUUUGGGUGGGAGAUCAGCUACUGAACCAAGAUUGCCCUUAUUGUGUUGCUUUUUGUGAUGUAUAAACAUUGAAAUUUGUCCAGUUUUCGUUGCAUUUUCAAAAAUUGAUCGCACAUUCAGUCCUUG